AUGGAAUCGCAGUCGUCAUCUUCUCGGCUGCCUGAGGAGUCCUCGACUCUCCUGAAACUGGUGUACUGGCAUAGACUCUUCGAGUCUGACACUCCGCCACGACUGGGCAUCGAUGUCCAGCGACGGAUCCCCUACGCGUUCAUGUCCGCGUUCUCGGCAGGCAUGGCCCUUGGAUAUCUGCAUGGGAGCAAAAAAGCCGGGCUAGUGUUUCGCGCCGAGAAUGCCCAUCGAUUCCCGACCACGUCCGCUGGUUGGUUCCAAUAUCACAAGACGAAGAACUAUAUCUCGGUGGUGGGUGGUGUCAAAGAUGGCUUCAGGAUGGGCAUGAAGCUGGGCGGGGGGGCCCUUGCAUUCUGUCUUUUCGAAGAGACGGUGGACUACGCCCGCCACGAUGAGCGAGACUUUCUAUCAACGGUGACAGCCGGUCUGUCUUGCUCGGGGAUUUAUAGUCUGCUAGCGCGACAUGACGUUUACACCGCUGCGAGAACAGCAAAGCUUGGCCUGAAAAUGAGUUUAGCAUAUGGCCUUCUACAAGAUGUCCUCGAGACGAUGAAGGGAAAUAGUCCAUCGUAUGUUGACUUUGCGUUGGGCAAUCGUCGCUUCAAGCGCGAUGAAGGAGAUCAG